UCCUUAUCCGGGAUUGAAAAUUUAAGCAUGGGAAUUGAAAGAGAAAUUGUAUCUUUGUUUUGAUUGUUUUCUUCAUUUGUUAUUGUACAUUUAAUUUAAUUGUUUUCUAAUUUGGAUAAUAAUUGAAACGAUCGUUUAUACAUAAUGUUGGACAAAGAAACUAAAGAUAAAGACUCAACAACCGACUCCGAAUCCGAGGAUUCAGUUCCAGAGUUGGAAGAUGCCCCAGAGGAAGGUGGUGAAGCCAAGCCUGGUGCCAUUGCUGGUCUUGGAGAAGAUGCUGCCAGUAAAAGUAAACAAUCUCGAAGUGAGAAAAAGGCAAGAAAAGUAAUGUCCAAAUUGGGUCUUAAACAGAUCACUGGUGUUAAUCGAGUUGCUAUAAGGAAAAGUAAGAAUAUUCUCUUUGUUAUCAACAAACCUGAUGUUUACAAGAGCCCUGCUUCCGAUACCUAUAUUGUUUUCGGUGAAGCCAAAAUUGAAGAUCUUAGUCAAAAAGCUCAAAUGGCCGCUGCAGAGAAGUUUAAAACACCCGAUGCAUCAUCUAUUCUCAGUGGUGCCGGAGCUCUUGGUGAGGCUGGUGCUGGAUUAGGUGCUGCUGGUCCAGGAUCAGGAGCAUCGGCUACUCUGGAAGACAUUGAAGAUGAGGAUGUCGACGAGACUGGAAUUGCUGACAAAGAUAUCGAAUUAGUUAUUAGUCAAGCCAAUGUCCCAAGAAGUAAAGCAAUUAAAGCCUUACGAGAAAACAAUAAUGACAUUGUCAAUGCCAUUAUGGAUCUAACCAUGUGAUUUUUGUAAACCAAUUUUUUUGUUUCCAUUAAAGAAGCCCAAGCUUCUUAAUGAUAAUUGAACUCCCAAUCUUUUCUCUAUCUCUAUCUCUCUCUCCUUUCUCUCCCAUCUCUCUCACACAAUGUCAAUCUACAUUAAACCUAAAUUUCUCAAUUUAA